AAACUAAAAAAACAAAUAUAUAUUUAUACACUUUCUCUCUCUCUCUAUAUAUAUACGCACACACCAAAAUAGAUGAAACAAUAGAAAACGAGAAACAGAAGACGCAACGCACGAUAGAUAGAGAGAGAGAGAGCGAUAUAUAGAGAGAGAAAGAGAGACAGGACGAGAGAGAGACAGAGGACGAAAACGGUUUUCGAUUUCAUCAAUCGGUUUCAGGUCAGUUUUUGAGGUUGCUGAUGCGCACUCCGUGUAGUUCAUGAAUAUUGUGGCAAUGAUGUGAGAACUUGCACUUGUGGUUUGCUGAAGAAUCCUCUUUAGGAGAUCAUAAUUUGAAUCAACUUGAAGAUUUUAAUGAAAUUUAAGAUAUGUGGCAUUGGAUCUUUUCCUCUUGAAUUAUUACCUACUCAAAUUAAUAAAGAAGGAAUUUACAGCUUAUUGAAAUCUAUAGAUAUGUCUCCAGCAUCAAAAUCUAAGUCUAAGUCCAAGGAUAAAUCCUCUGCAAAGGUGGCCAAGGAACAGCAAAAGGCUUCUUCCAAGGUUUCUGGAUCUACAUCCAUGGGGAAUGGCAGUCCAGCUAGUGCUUACAAUCCAAUUUCUGGUACAUUCCACACCCUGGACACAGCACCAAUGUCCUCUUCCCCACCCCUCCAAAGCAAUGGUCGUUUCCGAAAUAUUGAAACAGACGAGCAGUCUGGUAGCUUGCAUGUUACAGGGCCUGAGUAUGAUUCAUUAUCCAACAACGGAAGCACUUCUGGUGAGUCGGAAGACCACAAAGAGAAGACAUCAAAUGUUACUCCCAGGCAGGAAGCGAUACCUGGAUCCGAUAAUGACAAGCGAGAAAAGAUUCGUCAGAAAAAUGAGAGGAAACACCAACGUCAGAGGGAGAAGCGGGCACAGGAGUUGCAUAAGCGUUGCAGUGACUACCUUAUGUCAAGAAAAUUGGAAGUACUUUCUCAGCAGCUUGUGUCAAUGGGAUUCUCAUCUGAGCAGGCAACUUUGGCCCUUAUAUUGAAUGAGGGCAAAGUAGAGGAAUCAGUUUCCUGGCUUUUUGAGGGAAGUGAAGAAGCAGCUCAGAAAAAGGAUCCUGGAAGUGGGGCUGACUUAAAAAUUGAUAUAAGCGAAGAGCUUGCUCAGAUUACAGCAAUGGAGAUGAGGUACAAAUGCUCUAAACAGGAGGUUGAAAGAGCUGUUGUUUCUUGUGAGGGUGAUCUCAAGAAGGCAGAAGAAAUUCUGAAGGCUCAGAAAGCAGAACCACCGAUAGUUCCACUGAAACUGGAGGAAACUGCCGACCCCAAGGACCCAGUUAGAUCACAACAAAACCCUUUAGCUUCAGUUACAAUACAGCAAAGGAGGAAUGAAAGAGAUCCAAACUAUGCUAGGGGGGCUGCCACAUUGUCAGAGUCUAGUAAUGGAAACAUGCAGUCUUUAAAGACAAAUAAGCCGAAGUCACUUGCAGAGAAGAGGUGGCCAACAACCAUAUCAAGUUCUUCCGUUUCCUAUUCUACGGCAUUGCCUAUACAGGUUGCACCUGCAUCCGCAAAAACAGAGACGCAGCACAUUGUUGGUGGACAUGAAGGGAGAAAUACCCAGCAGGGAGUACUGAGGGAGUCAGUGAUCAUGAUGCAACGUCCACAGUCAUUAAAUAUUAAGCAAAACCUAGGUUCAAGCGCCAGUUGUUCUCCUCCAGGGACAUCUGGAUUGUAUGUGAACAAUAAUGUGGUUUCUGGGAGUAUGAGAUCAAAUGGUAAGUUGCUACAAGAACAGCGCAUCGUAAGCCUUGGCCCUGAAAAUAUGAGCUCAGAGCACUUCCACCGCCAGGUUCCGAGUAUUGGAAACAUGGGUCUGGAAAAUUUGAGUUCACAGCAAAUUUACCCCCAGAAUCAUUAUACACAAUGCCGAUACAUGUCUGGCUCAGUGGAACCUGAAGCAACUAGGCUGGGUGGUUCAUGGAGCUCAGUGGGUGCAUCUUCUCCUUCACUUACAGUUCCAUCGUCUCUUGGACUAUUUUCUGGUUGGGGUUCAACGGGGACUUUGGGGUCGUCUUCGCAGGUGGAUUGGAGUGCAGGAGAUUUGAUGUCUCACUGUGAUUACAAUAGUAUAGAUUGGACUCUAGAAUCAAACUCUGCGUAUUCAAAGCAGAAUGGUGGGUUGUUCUUAGGGCAGUCUAAUGGGUUGAUGCUGGGACUUUCUUCAAUGAGGAUAGCUGGUACAAAUGGCAUUUGCAUUGCUGGGUUGCAGGAUGGAGGAAUGGCAUCAGAAACCACUUCUUCCGCGGGACUGCGCGAGUGGACAUCUCCUUUUGCAGGGAAGGACAUCUUCAGUGUGCCCAGGCAGUUUGUUACUUCUCCCUCUCCUUAGUUCUAGGUAAGAUUGAGGAACAGGGCAACAAUAGACCAUGUGUGGGAAAAGCUGGUGUUGGAAUGGCAGUGUUGGUUGUUUCUGGUUUACUAAUAAAAAAUGCAUCUACUAGUGCAA